AUGUUCUUAACGAAAAAAAAGAUAACAAAGUUCCCUUUUGUUAAACUUUUAUCAUGUAUCAUUUUAAUAUGGAUAUUCCAAUAUUCAAAUAAGAGUAACUUUGGUAAAUCAUGGGACAGAAAUAUCAACAGAAAUAAUGCAGUAGACAUAAUUAUAAGAAGAUCAUUGAGGGAGCGGGUACCAAUGCCCCAGAUGUAUAAUGUAUAUACAAGUGAAAGUUCAAUUAACUCAGUGAAUGAUGAAUAUAAUAAUUAUGAUAAUAAUGAUGAAUAUUAUUAUGAUGAUAAUAAUGAUGAAUAUUAUUAUGAUGAUAAUAAUGAUGAAUGUUAUUAUUAUGAUGAUGAAUAUCCUGCUUCCGUGGCAAAAUUAUCAUCAGAAGAUGAAGCUUAUUUUAAUAAAUUAAUAGAUAAAUAUAUAAGAAAUGAAAAAUAUCCAGGGAAUCGUGUUGAAGUGAAGUAUGUUCAGGACAUUCCUAAACCGCCUAAUAAAUUUAUAUAUGAAGAAGAAAUGGAACAACCAAUUGAUAAAUCAUCAAAUCAUAAUAAUUAUCAAAAACCACUCAAUAAAUUACAAAAUGUUGGUGAUCGUUAUAAUAGUCAUUAUGAUUCAUUAGAAUCUGAUGAUGAUCUUUCUGAAAUUUUCGUUGAUUCGUCAAAAUAUGCUAGUCAUUAUAAAGAACAAUCCGGUUUAUCAGAAUCUGAAAAUGAUUACUAUAAAAAGCAACCUGAUUCAUCUAAGCAUCAUAAUUAUAGAAGUCAAGCUGUUACAGAUAAGUCUACUAAAAGUUCUAGAACUUUUUCAAAUAUGAACGAAAGAAAAAGACAAAAUAAGCGUGGUAAGAAGAAACGAAAAGGAAUAAUAAAAAAAGUUUUAUACCCAUUGACAAAUUUUGUGAAAAAAACAGAUGCUAUAUAUGAAUCAGAGUUAUUAAAAACAUUAAUGGCUAAUGUUGUUAAUAAGAAUUCAAAGAAGAAAAGAGGAUUUAAUAAAAAAAUUGUUGACGGAUUAACAAUCACAUCUCCAGUUUUAGCAAUGAGUAUAUUUUUAUUAUUAUUUGCUUUACAAAAUGUAACUCCUGGUAUUGUUAUAUCCGUCUUCUUUGUUGUUUUAGCAUUAUAUUAUGUAUUCCAUAAAUACAAAAAAUGCAAACACUUGUGUAAAGUUUACGGAAAAUAA